GAAUUAUGGCCUCUUAAGAAACACUAUAAUUGGUCAGCCUGGGGUGCGUUUGAUGUCCUCCCAGAUCACGUCAUUAGCUAUUCUCAGGAGAGGAAAGGCCGCGUAUACCCUCCUGGGAGAAUGACACACUCUGUUUCAAGUUGAGGAAGAGCCUGCUGUUCUUUUCCUGCUGUUUGGGGGAAAGCGAACACACAAUGUUCACUUCCUAAAUACGGGAUGUGCUGUGAGGCUGGCAGGUCAUUUUCCACCAUGUCACAUCCUUCUGGGUGAAGGCAGCAGGGGCCAGGACAGGAAAAGGCAAUUCUCAGGGUGAGACAAGGCUUUCCCAGGGCAGCCAUUGGCUCUCGUGAACUAUAAAGCGUGCUCAUCCAGAAACAGCCUCCGAUUCCUCUUCCCGGAGGUAGCCAGAGGCGAAUGGGCAUGGAGCGGCCGGCGGCCGGGGAGCUGCAGGGCGCCGAGGCGCUGCGGCGCUUCCAGGGGCUGCUGCUCGACCGCCGCGGCCGGCUGCACGGCCAGCUGCUGCGCCUGCGCGAGGCGGCCCGGCGCCUGCAGCGCCUGCGCAGACGCUCCCAGGCGGCCCGCGUGGCCGGCAGCGCGCUGAGCGCCGCGGGCGCCGUCACCGCGCUGGUGGGGCUGUCGCUCAGCCCGCUCACCCUGGGCGCCUCGCUGCUGGCGUCGGCCGUGGGGCUCGGGGUGGCCACGGCCGGGGGCGCCGUCACCGUCACGUCCGACCUGUCCCUGAUCGUCCGCCACGCCCCGGAGGUGCGCCGCGUGCAGGAGAUCGCGGCCGCCUGCCAGGACCAGAUGCGCGAGCUGCUGAGCUGCCUCGAGUUCUUCUGCCGCUGGCAGGGCCGCGGCGACCGCCGGCUGCUGCAGAGCGGGAGGAGCGCCUCCAUGGCCCUGUACAACGCCGUCUACUUCAUGGUCUUCUUCGGCUCCCGCGGCUUCCUCGUCCUCCGGCGGGCCGAGGGCGCCGCCAAGGUGAGCCAGGCCGUGCUCAAGGCCAAGGUGCAGAAGCUGGCCGAGAGCCUCGAGGCCUGCACGGGGGCCCUGGACGAACUCAGCGAGCAGCUGGAGGCCACCGUCCGGCUGCGCACCAAGGCCAGACGACGGGACCGCGACCUCAGGAUCGCUGCGGACCAGCCCUCGGCGCUGUGGUUCAGAGAACAUCCUUUCUCCUAAGGACCGAGGCCAGAGACACCCCCCCCGCCCCCCCAAAAAAACCCUGGGGGGGAUGCUCUGGCUUGGUGGCUCCCUCUGAGUGCAAAGAAUGAGGAGAAACUGUGCUUGACGUGAAGGGUCCUCGAGGCCCUUCUUUCCCCCCAGCACCGUGAACAUUCUGCUGAGGACUGCUUUAUUGAGCGAUCCCUAGUGGAAUGAUGUGACCUGAACACUAUUUUUUUUUUCCUUGAUCAGAACCACCCAGUCUUCACAUUCCUGGGCACUCGGGUUUUAAGUGGUUGGGUGGCCCCUGCCCCUGCCCUGGUGGUCUGAGCUAAGGCUGGAGAGGGUGCAGAGACAUGGCCAUCCUUUGGGUCCUUUCUAAAGCUCUUACUUGGCUUGGAGGUCCUCAGAAGGAAGGCCUUAGUGGGGAGACACAAGCUUGAAAGCCUCUCUUCCAGAGUUUCUGAGUACAAAAGACCUCCAGAAUCCAGUGCAAAGUGACCUGCUUCUGAACAGUGUAGGAGGGUUCAGGAUCCGAGAGAGGCCCCUCCCUCUGACAUGCCACCUCCCUCCCCACCCCUCUCUUCUCAGCUCAUCCACUCACAGGUCCAGCUUGGGGAUGGAGUGGACCUUCCCGGGUGGCUUCCUAUUCAGGCUCUGAGAGGGGAAACCAUCCCACCUCCAAGUGCUGUCCCUGGCAGGAAGCAGCGGCUGAGGCCACGGAAGACGAAGCGACUUGCAGCUUCAUUUACUGACUUCCGCGUGUACAGAAGAGAGCGGUGGCUUUGAGUUAGACAGCCCUGGGUUUAUUAGGUACCCUGUCACUACUGUGCGAUGGUGGCCACUUGGUCUCUUUGAGACUUGGCUUCCUGGUCAGCCAGAGAGAGAUGCUAAGCCCUCACUCUGUUGUGAGUCUGACGCGAGAUGAAGUGCCCAGCACAGUGUCUGGCUCCUGAGGAGCAGCCUCUGGACUGGCAGGAUCGGCAUCACCGGGGACCUUGUUAGAAAGGCCAGUUCUUGGACUCAGCCGCUGACUUAGGGAAUCAGAAACUCUGGAGGUGCAUUUAAACAAGCCCUCAGGGUGAUUCUGAUGCCCACUAAGGUUUGAAAACCACUACAACAGAUGUUCGUUUCUCAUCUCCUCAGUGCGCUUUCAUAGAACAUCAGGGCCUCUCUAGGAGCUCCGUGGUCUUCAGAGCCAUUCCCUGAAGGUCAAGGACAGACCGUGUCCCAGAAGUAAAAGAAUGUGUGUGCAUCCAUCAAUGCAUGCAUCCGGGGCACCUUGCCAUCGUGUUAGCUAAGGGAUGUAAAAACAGUAAGCCCUUUAGAGGGCAGUGUUGCCCACUCAUUGUAGAAACUGGUACAGAAAGGAAUGUGAAUUUAUUGGAAAUGGAUCUUUAGUACCUUCUCUGAAAACUGCUAGACCAUGUGAUUUUUAAUUUAUUUUAGUUUUUUUAAUUUAUUUACUUUUUAUUAUUUGCAUGUAAUUUUAUUUAAUCAUCACAUUUAGGAAAUAAUAAGAAUAGCAAGUGACUGGGAGACUUGAGGCUCUUUUCUGGAGAUGAGGUGGAGUUUGACUUUCUGAGUUCUCCUGGAAUACUUCUCUCUUCCCACGUGAAAUAAAAGUGGGACGCUCUGAAUAGACAGACCCAGAGCUGAGUUUUAAGCUUAUCAAUAGAGGCUUGACUUGCAGGAGGUGGAAAUGAUGCAGGCAUAUUUAACCUGAAGGUACUUUGCCAGCAGGUAACACUUGAGCUGAAAGGAGAAUCUGUUUAGCCCUGGGCUCUGAAUUACUUUUUGGGAGGGAAACAAGACAAAGGCAUGUGAAAGAAGCACUUAGACCUUGGAAACCUGAUGUCUUGUAACGUCUUAUGGGUUAUAAACAAAAUAGCUUGUGUUAUGGUGGCGAUGUGUCAUAUUUUCACAUUGUAAAAAGUCUAUAAACUGUCUCUUGGAAAAUAUGAUUUAUUCACUUUCCACUCCUACAACUGUAAUGUUGAAAAGUCUUUGAGACUACACACACAAGAACGUGGCUGUAUUAGUUCAGGAUUUAGCAGGCUUUUAAUUGGCUCCGUUUUCUCCCAAGGUUCCCAACGAUGGCAGUGUGUCUGAGGAAGUACAAUGUCAAUGCUGGGGCGAGGUGGUUGGUGGUUCUAAAUUUUAAUUUUUUCCUAUAAAUUUCAACCGAUGUGUAUCCUGGUUUGUUUUCAAGUUGGCACUGGUUUCCUAGACAACCCUGCACAGAUGCUAGCAUUUUGGCUCACCGGAAUGUACUUCAUGUUGUCAUUUGUGCUAGGUAUGUCAUAAAGGUACAGCCACUCCCUAACGCCAUCUUCUAUGAAUGCUUAAGUUUGGAUUAUAUUCUUCCAAUGCCUGAGCUGUUCCCUAGAAAUCUAUGGGGCGCUUUUGGCAGCAGCAGCGAACAUUUCCUAUCAGUAGGGUAUUUUGACUGUAUCAGAGCUCUAGGCUCUUGAAGUAUCAUUUCAGUGGCCCAUUUUACAUCUAAGGAAGAGUGUCUACUUUGGAACGACACUUUGAAUAAUAAUUAUUCAAAUGCAUUUGAAUAAUUUAAUGAAUUUGCUUAGCGGUUUUAAUAGGAAUUUAUUUAUGAUAAAAGACUAUCCAUCCUCUCCAUGCCUGUUAUAAAGACUGGAGCUUCUAUCAGGAUUUAGUCAAGUUCAGUUCAAUGGAUGCUAGAGACAAAUGUUUAUUUCUUUUGUGGAAAUGUGAAUAAGGCUUUUCCUUAUGGCCGACAUUCUACAAACAAACAGAUUGAAAUGGUAUGUUGUAACGAGAAGGAGGGAAAGGGUUAUUUAGGUCACAAGCAUACUCCAGAAAAAGUCCUGAGUUUGAAAAAUAAAUAUGUUUGUACUAAAGGCUUAACUGCUGGUAGUUUCUGGGGUUUACAAUCAUUUGAAUGGUUCUCUUUCACAAUAAAGGGGAUUCAAGGAAACUGCAUUCUGCUCUAUUGAAAAACAACCCUUAGCAAACAUGCUGAUCCUAAUUGCUUUGAUGCAUUUGCCCUAAGACAUCUGUCAUUUCCAAUAUGGAGACUGUCAAAGUCAAAAGUGUGUACUGGGAAUAAAAAGAGGUAGAGAGUGGUGUAGAAGCCACUUUAAAUCAGAUAUGUCAAACAAUCAGUCAACUUGAUAUAGUUCUCAUUCAAUGCCUUGGUGUGAAAAGAAAGAGGGAAUUGAGACAUGGAGAUAAAGACACUACAGAGAUAAAGAGGGAUUCAAAUGCAGUGGUGUGUUUUUUUCACUGUAGCAAAAUUAGUUCUUUCUCCUAUUGAAAUAAACUGUCCGUUCCUCAAAUGUUUUGAUCUCUGUGAUUAGUCACCUGAUCUCAUGUUCACCUGGGUACGAAUUAAUAACUGAAAAAGGGCAGAUAUUUAAUCACUUUCAUGUAGAAUAUUCAGUUUCAAACUGUGUAAAUCAACUUUUAAAAAGCAGUUAACUCACGUACAGGAAUAUUCGUAUUCCCUAGAAAUCAGACUUCCAGCAGUUUUUCCCAGGAGGCAAAAUUUCCCCACAAAUCUCCAGACAACGUCACCUUACAAGUCAGUGAUCUUGACCGUGCGAGGGAAAUGUAAUAAUUUUUAGCUAAGAAUUGGCGGAUCCCAAUAUACCUAGAUUCUGUUAGAAAGGAAGGUGGACAUAGGACAGGGGGUCCAGCAAUCCAUUCAGAGAGCCUGUAGUGGUUGCCAGAGUCAGCCAAGAGCUUUUGGAUGGUGGUCUCCCUAUCAGAGUGCCAGCCAGCCUGAGUCUCCCCACCAGGGAGACAUGCCCGGGUCCAGAUGCUGUACUGUUAGUGGGUGUGCAAC